CGGGGCAACUGCAUAACCUUGCUCCUGAGUUUGCUGCCGGUAAAACAUACGUGUACAAGUAUGAGGCACUGCUCCUGGGCGGUCUGCCAGAGGAAGGUUUGGCAAAAGCCGGGCUCAAAGUCAGCAGCAAAGUUCUCAUCAGCGCUGCAGCCCAAAAUAUAUAUAUGCUGAAGCUUGUUGAACCUGAGCUCUUUGAGUACAGUGGCAUCUGGCCAAAGGAUCCUUUAGUUCCAGCAACCAAACUGACUUCAGCCUUGGCAGCUCAGCUCAUGAUUCCCAUCAAGUUUGAGUAUGCCAAUGGUGUUGUUGGAAAAAUGUUCGCCCCAGAGGGAAUUUCAACAAUGGUGCUGAACGUUCACAGAGGUAUCCUGAAUGUCCUUCAGCUCAACAUCAAGAAGACACAGAAUGUCUACGAGCUGCAGGAGGCUGGAGCUCAGGGUGUGUGCAAGACCCUCUAUGCCAUCACUGAAGACGACAAGGCUGAACGCAUCCUUUUGACAAAGACCAGAGAUCUGAACCACUGUCAGGAAAAGAUCAUAAAGGACUUGGGGUUGGCAUACACUGAGAAAUGUGCAAAGUGCCAGCAGGAUUCAAAGAACCUGAGAGGAGCCACAGCAUACAACUACAUCUUGAAGCCAGUUGCUAGCGGCAUCCUGAUACUGGAGGCAGCUGUCAAUGAGCUGAUCCAGUUCUCACCUUUUACUGAGUUGAAUGGAGCUGCUCAGAUGCAGACCAAGCAAUCCUUGGUGUUCUUUGAAAUUCAGAGGGCCACUAUUGUACCCAUUGAAGCCCAGUAUCUUCACCGUGGAUCUCUAAAGUAUGAAUUUUCCACUGAGCUUCUUCAAACACCCAUUCAGCUCAUCAAGAUCAACAAUGUACAGGCCCAGAUUGUAGAGAUUCUGAAUCACCUGGUUACCAACAAUGUGGAGAGAGUCCAUGAGGAUGCCCCUUUGAAGUUUUUGGAACUUGUUCAGCUCCUGCGUGCAGCCCGCUUUGAAGAUCUGGAAAUGCUCUGGAGACAAUACAGACUGAAACCUGCCUUCAGACAGUGGAUCUUGGAUUCCAUCCCUGCCAUUGGAACUCCUGUUGCUAUGAGAUUCAUCAAGGAGAAAUUCCUGCUUGAUGACCUGACUGUUGCUGAAGUAGCUCAGGCUUUGAUUGCAUCCAUUCAUAUGGUGACAGCAAACACUGAAGCCAUCAAGCUGGUUGAGGCUCUGGCAAUCAACAGCAAAAUAGUGGAAACCCCUGUUCUGCGUGAGAUCGUCCUCCUUGGCUAUGGUACCAUGAUUUCAAAACACUGUGUUGAGCUGGCUGUCUGCCCUGCAGAGCUCAUAAGGCCCAUCCAGGACCUCCUUGCAGAGGCUGUUGCUAAAGAUGAGAUCCAGGAUAUAAUCCUGCUCGUGAAGGUUCUGGGUAAUGCUGGCCAGGCUACUAGCCUUAAGCCGAUUACAAGGAUCCUGCCCAUACAUGGCACUGCAGCUGCAUCUCUGCCCAUGAAAGUCCAUGCUAAUGCCAUCAUGGCCUUAAGGAAUAUUGCAAAGAAGGAGCCUAGAAUGAUCCAGGAAUUGGCUCUUCAGCUCUACAUGGACAAGGCUCUUCACCCAGAGCUCCGUAUGCUCGCAAGCAUUGUGCUGUUUGAGACAAGGCCUGCAAUGGGUUUGGUGACAAGUCUUGCCAACAUUGUGAAGACAGAAGAGAAUCUGCAGGUAGCAAGCUUCCUUUAUUCUCACAUGAAGUCCCUGACAAGGAGUACCGCCGCUAUCCAUGCCUCAGUUGCUGCAGCUUGCAACAUUGCCAUUAAAAUCCUGAGCCCAAAGCUGAACAGACUGAGCUUCCGUUUCAGCAAGGCCAUCCACGUGGAUAUCUAUAACAGUCCCUUGAUGCUUGGUGCUGCUGCCAGUGCUUUCUACAUCAAUGAUGCUGCCACCAUUCUGCCCAGAUCUAUUGUGGCUAAGACCAGCGCAUACCUUGCUGGAGCUGCUGCCGAUGUUCUGGAGGUUGGAGUAAGAACUGAGGGACUCCAAGAGGCUCUUCUGAAAAACCCUGCACUUAUUGACAAUGCUGACAGGAUGACCAAGAUGAAGCGUGUCAUUAAGGCUCUGUCUGAGUUGAGGUCUCUGCCCAGCAGCACACCUCUGGCCUCCGUCUAUGUCAAAUUCUUCGGACAAGAAAUUGCCUUUGCCAACAUUGACAAAGCCUUGAUUGAUCAGGCAAUUGCGGUUCUCUCCUUCCAAGUAACCUCAGCAGCACUUUCCAGGAGCAGAAGCAGUGCCUCAAGCUUUGAAGCCAUCCAGAGACAGAACAAAUUUCUUGGCAACGAAGUAGCUCCUACCUUUGCAAUCAUCGUCCGUGCUAUGAGAGCUGACAAGAAUGUGUUGGGAUACCAACUGGCAGUCUACUUGGACAGACCUACCACCAGACUUCAGAUUAUUCUGGCUGCCUUGGCUGCUAAUAACAACUGGAAGCUUUGUGCUGAUGGAGCUCUGCUUAGCAAGCACAAAGUCACAGCUAAAAUUGGCUGGGGAGCAGAAUGCAAGCAGUACAACACCAUAAUCACAGCCGAGACUGGUCUUGUUGGUCCAAGCCCUGCAGCUCGCAUCAGAGUGGCCUGGACUGAACUACCUUCCGCACUUAAACACUAUGCACAGAGGGUGUAUGACUACAUUCCUGCUUCCAUGCUUGCUGGCUUGAUUCAAGAAAAGGAUCAAAACAUCGCCAAUCAGCUCUCACUUACAGUGGUUGCCACAUCUGACAGGACCCUUGACUUAAUUUGGAAAACACCAACACGUACUGUCUAUAAGCUGGCUCUGCGUCUUCCCAUCACUCUGCCACUUGCUGAAAUCAAAGGUCUCACACCAUUCGAUGGCCUUGCUGAUAAAGUCCACUACUUGUUUGCCAAGGCUGCUGCAGCCGAAUGUAGCUUCAGCAAGGAAACACUGACCACGUUCAACAACAGGAGAUACAAGUACGAAAUGCCGUUGUCUUGCUACCAAGUUCUGGCACAGGAUUGCACAGAUGAGCUGAAAUUCAUGGUUCUGCUGAAGAAGGAUAACAUCAAACAGAACCAUAUCAAUGUAAAAAUUGCUGACAUUGAUAUUGACCUGUACCCGAAGAACACUGACGUGAUUGUGAAGGUCAAUGGAAUGGAAAUACCCAUCAACAACCUGCCAUACCAGCAUCCCACAGCUAAAAUCCAGAUCAGGCCAAAUGGUGAGGGUAUCUCUGUGUUCGCUCCCAGCCUGGGUCUUCAUGAAGUCUACUUUGACAGUAACUCAUGGAAGGUUAAAGUUGUGGACUGGAUGAAGGGACAGACCUGUGGACUCUGUGGAAAGGCUGAUGGGGAAGUCAGACAGGAGUACCGCACACCCAACGGACACUUGACCAAGAAUGCAGUCAGUUAUGCUCAUUCCUGGGUUCUGCCAGCUGAGAGCUGCAGGGACACCACUGAGUGCCGCAUGAAGCUUGAAUCUGUACAGCUGGAGAAGCAGGUAAACAUCCAUGGCCAGGAAUCUAGAUGCUACUCUGUUGAGCCUGUGCUGCGCUGUCUGCCCGGCUGCUUCCCUGUGAAUACCACAGCCGUCACUGUUGGCUUCCACUGCCUGCCUGCGGAUUCUGACUUGAAACAUCCCGAGAGUCUGAGCAGCAUCUACAACAACAGCGUGAAUCUGAGGGAAACAGCAGAAGCCCACCUUGCCUGCAGCUGCACUGCUCAGUGUGCUUAAUUAAAAACGUAUCACUUACAUCAUGUGUAUGUUUUUAUUUCAUUUUAAAUAAAUUGUAUCUCAAAACAAAGUUUCUUAAAGUUGUUUCAAUUAUGGCGACUUCACUACAGUGAAAUUGUUUCCAAUAGAGGUCAAUAAGGGGUCAAAUGACAAGAAACUUGUGUUUCAAGAAUGUAUAAUGAAUGUUUCAAGAAUAAAAGAUUGUCUACAAUA